AUGUCGGACUGGGACGCGAGCAGCGACGAGGAGCUCGGCGCGCCGGGCUGGCCGCGGCCCGCUGCUGCUGCCGAGUCUCUGUGCUGGUCGCGCAGCACCCCUCCGUGGGGCCGCGCCUCCGUGGAGAGCGGCGGGCGACGGGGGAAGGGCACGGGGCGUCCUGGAAGGGAAUGGUGGGCGCCGCGAGGCGCUGAAGGCCCCGGCGGCCCGAGGCGGGCGGCGCGGCAGCGGCCGCCCCGAGCUGCGGCCGGCCAGGCUCGGGACUCUGCGGCCCCGCUCUGCUUCCACCUCGACAACGCCCUGGUCGGGGCUCUCAUAGGUCGGGGUGGAACUAACAUUAAAGAACUUGAGGAUUCUUCAGGUUCCAGGAUAAAGGUUACAAGAGGGACCUAUGAAUCUGAAGUAAAGAUUUUUGGCAGCACUGAUGUGCAAAACAAAGCCAAGAUGUUGAUUGACAAUCUUGUUACAAGUUCUGGACAAAACUAUGUUAGAGGUGGGACAGAGAAAGGAAAAACCUUGGACAUUAUCAAGCCUGAAAAUGACCCAAAGAAAUCAGUGAUUAACUGGGCCUCUCUUCGAGAAAACAGGGCCAAAUAUGAAUCCAUGAAGUGGGCAGGCUUGCCGCCAAUUGAGAAAAAUUUCUACAAAGAAUCAUCCAGGACUGCAUCUAUGUCAAAAGAAGAAGUGGAACUGUGGCGGAAAGAAAAUAAUAAUAUAACUUGUGAUGACUUAAAAGAAGGUGAAAAGCGCUGCAUUCCCAAUCCUGUUUGUAAAUUUGAAGAUGCAUUUGAGCAUUAUCCUGAUAUUAUGGCUAAUAUAAGAAAAGUUGGUUUUCAAAAGCCUACACCAAUUCAGUCCCAGGCGUGGCCAAUCAUACUCCAAGGAAUUGAUCUUAUUGGUAUAGCACAGACUGGUACUGGGAAGACAUUGGCAUACUUAAUGCCUGGAUUCAUUCACUUGACUUCACAACCCAUAUCCAAAGAUCAGCGUGAGGGGCCUGGAAUGUUAGUCCUUGCUCCCACUAGAGAACUGGCACUUCAGGUAGAGGCAGAGUGUUCAAAGUAUGCAUACAAAGAAAUUAAAAGUAUUUGCGUCUAUGGUGGCGGGGACCGAAAAGGACAAAUAGACAUGGUUACCAAAGGUGUGGAUAUUGUUAUUGCUACUCCUGGCAGACUGAAUGAUCUUCAAAUGAACAACUUCAUAAAUUUGAGGAGCAUAACAUAUUUGGUUUUAGAUGAGGCUGACAGAAUGCUGGAUAUGGGAUUUGAACCUCAGAUAAUGAAGAUUCUAAUAGAUGUGCGUCCUGACAGACAAACUGUUAUGACGAGUGCUACUUGGCCUGACGGCGUCCGUCGCCUAGCAAAAUCCUACUUGAAAAACCCCAUGAUUGUGUAUGUUGGCACUCUCGACUUAGCAGCAGUAAACACAGUACAACAAAAAGUUAUUGUUAUCCCCGAGGCGGAAAAGAGAGCUUUCAUGUAUAGCUUCAUUAAGUCUAUGAAGCCAAAAGAUAAGGUCAUCAUUUUUGUGGGAAAAAAGCUUACAGCCAUUGCUUUAUUUUACCCUAGAGCUGAUGACUUAGCAAGUGACUUUGGUAUCCAAGGAAUUCCAGUACAGUCACUUCAUGGCAACAGGGAACAAUGUGAUAGAGAACAGGCUUUGGAUGACUUCAAGAAAGGCAAAGUUCGAAUAUUGGUAGCUACUGACUUGGCAUCCCGUGGCCUUGAUGUGCAUGAUAUUACUCAUGUUUUUAACUUUGAUUUCCCUCGCAACAUUGAAGAAUAUGUUCACAGAGUAGGUCGUACUGGAAGAGCAGGGCGCACUGGGGAGGCAGUAACACUUGUCACGAGCAAUGACUGGAAGUUUGCGUCCGAGCUGAUUGACAUUCUGGAAAGAGCAAACCAAGUAAGGACACGUUACUGGGUAGUUCCUGAUGAGCUUAUUGCAAUGGCAGAAAGAUACAAACAAUCACAAAUGAGAAAAGAAAUUGAAAAGGAUAUACAAAGACCUUGGAGAAAGCCCUCAAAAUAAAUGUAACCCCUUGAAGCUACAGAGAAAAUAAUUUUAAUUAGUGUUAGCAUCCAUAGGCUUGAAUUUAUAAGUUUCAUUUUGUGUUUGAUUUUUUUCUGUACCUGUCCUAUUUAAACAAACUUCUCAAAAGUGUCUUAGAAAAGAAAACUGGAUUACCUUUAUACAGGAAUAAAUCUGGUUCUGCACUUGGACACUAUUUUCACAUAAAAAUUAAUUUUUGUCUUGUGUGAUGUAUGAACCUUCUAAAGCCAUGAUCUACUGGUUAAAAACAAAUAUUGUGCCUUUGUUUUCUUUUGGUUUUUUUUUUUGUUAAAUACAGUAUAAACAUAUAAAUGUAAAAGAUAAUUUUUCCUUUUAUAUUUAGAUAACUGGAUUAUUCAUUGUAAGCAAUGUUUGUCAAUGUAGUUUGAAAAUACUGUACCUUUGCCGUGAUAUGCUGCUGGCAUGCAGAAGUAUUUCUCAGGAUAACCAAAACUGCUCAGUUGGCAGUUACUUAUGUUUGCUGAAGGAAGUUUUCUUCAUUCUUAUUUUAAAACUUAACAUUUGUGUCUCACGAUUUUUUGAGAGGUCUGCAUUUGAAGGUCAGCUUUUAUUUCUUCCUGAUAGUUGAUUCCCACUUUACAUUUGGAUGUCAGGUUCUGUCACAGAUUCCCAGUGAUAAUGGGUUAUGUUUUCUACUCUUUGAAAUUUAUAUGGGAAGGAAUUAUUCCUUCAUUUGAUGCUUAGUCUGAACUUGUGUUUAUUUAUGUGUCAUAUGAUUAAAUAAAAACUCAUAAACAACAUUCAGUAAAAUGAGAAUAUUUUAGUAAAAUUACUCUAAAUAUUCUUCCCUCUCAAUUUGCUAAUAAUUGAUGUAAAUCUGGGCAUUAUUCAAGGCAGUAGGUUAUUUUGCCUUCAAAAAGUAGGCUAAAAAUUUGGACUUCCCAUGGCUUCUAUAAGUAGAAGCAAAAGAUGUAUUUAUUUGAAGCACAGCAGUUUUCAAAUGCUGUGUACUUCUCACCUGCGUAAUUUUAGUAAUAGGAAAUAUUAUAAUUACUUUUUCCCAACACACAUUUCUUCAAUAUAAGAAAAAUUGAUAUGAAUUUCAGUUUCAGGAGUGUCCAGUUCAUGCUACAUUUUGGUUUUGAUAACCUUUUGUAUCAAGAGUCUUCCUCUUUGAUACAUAUUGAAACAUGCAUUUCUGUCUACAUGAUUCAUCAUACAAAUGCUCAUUGGCACAAAACCAUCUACUCUGUUGCAGCAUAUUAGGUAAUGAUUGUUUCCCAUCCAAAGCUCAAUGAAAAGACUCCUUUCUGAAGUAAUUCUGAAAGGGUAAGUUUCUUCAGGAACUUCACAUCACUAAGACAAAAUAUUCUCUCUCUGCUAACUGGUGCUGGUGAUUGUCCUCUGCAAAAGAUCUACAUCCAUGCAGGUGACCUGGAGAAGUUGUUCUGGUUAAUGUCAAAGUAACUCCAGUGACUUUGUUUUUCUUUUGAAAGCAGGAGUGUAUUUUGGAUAUUCUUCAGUGGAUCUUAAUUUUAAAUAAAAUUGUCAUUUUUCCCUUUA